AUGUACUCUUCCUUUUGGUACUUCAGCUCCCUCGAACGUCUUCACUUCGCCAGCCUCGCACCGGCUCCCACUCCCCUCUCCAAACAUCUCGACGUCUACUGUCAUCGUCCAGAGACCAGCCCCAACCCCAACUCCAACCCCAAGACAUUGAAGCAGCGUCGCAGAGAACGCCAGGCCAAGAUUGCCUCUGACCAGCUCUCCGACUGCGUCAAGAGACGACCCUCCCGUCGCGCCGGCGCCCGCUCCUCGAGCUCUUCCGUAUACGUGCGCUUGCCGGACAAGAUCAAGAAGAGACACUUGACCACUGAAGAGCAAAUCAUUGCUUCCCGGAACAGGAGACACGACAUCAUCCUUGACCCGGCCGAUGAGGCCAUCUACAAAGUCCGAAGAAGAGCGUCCAGCCUGAUAGUCCACGACGACCUGUGGAGUCCGACCCUGUCGGUAAGACCGCAGACGAUGGAGACCCGGCCGAGCCAAGAGACGUGCCAGCGGGUGUCCAAGCCCGAGGGGCCGAAGUCGCCUCAGCAAAAGCGGGAUUCCUUCUACGACAGCUUCCGGUGGCUGGAGGAGGACGACGAGCUGGACCUACGCCUGCAGCUCGACGACUACCACGCGAACCUGAGUGACGACAUGCUCGCCAACUCGAGACAGCGCAGGCCGUCGUUCCGCAGGCACCUGUCCAUCAGCAAGAUACCCUUCGGCCGCGCCUCGCUCUCCAUCAAUCGCCCCGGCACCACCCCUGCUGUCGCCAGCAACCCUGCGUCCCCGUGCUUCGAGAGCUCUCCGGCCAGUCCUCAGACUACUACUUCCCCCGGACAUGGCCGCCGGAGAUCCCGCGCCCUGUCGCUGAUUUCGCCCAAGCACAGCCCUCAGGACACCCUCGCCGCUUUCGACCCGGAAGCGGCUCACUACCAAGACCCCGAGGCCCGUCUGAAGCUGCGCGUCUAUCUCGCGUCCCCUCAAAAGUUUGACGAAGCCAUUGAGUUCGGCUUCCCUUCCAAAGAAGCCAUGGUCUCGAAGCCGCCGGUCAAGGACGUUAAGCAGCCCAAGACCAAACCGUCCAAGUCCGCAGUGGCAGACGAGACGGAGAACAUGCGCACCUUCCUCGCCGACGACAGGUCCUCCAUCUUCAGCGAUGACGGGUCGCUCGACUCGGACUCUCCCAAGACGCCCCAUACCAUGGAGAUGGCGGGGCUUCGGCCGCCACCCAUCAAGAACGAUCAGCCGCACUCGCCCAAGCCGUCAACCGAGUACUCACGAAUGCCGGCCGAGGCGCGGGAGAUGACUCUGCGGAUGACCCUCACUCGCCCUGAUCUCCGAGCACACGAAGACCAGAUGUACGGCUGGCAGAAGAACUGCCCGCCGGGCAGGAAAUCGACCAACCCCCUGCGCGACGAGUUCCCCACGUCGACAUACGUCCGAGACGCAUCGUCCAAGGAGAGCAUCGAGCGUCAGUUCGCGGCCAUGGACCAAGAGAGCGCCCAGGCCAGCGACCGGGGCGUCAUGAAGCGUUUUUGGAACAAGGUCCGCCGUGCACCCGCGUAA